CAUACAUCACAAGCUAAACCCAACUGGUAUAAGAGAAGUAGACGCCAUUGAUGCUCCUUGCUGCCUUCCCAGAUAACAUCCUUCCAUUACUAGUUUUCAUCGCCUUGAAUUUCCUCGAGUCAUUCUCAAUUACAGAAUAUCCGUUUCAGGAAAUGGGUGGGUUCGCUACAGCCGAAGCAUGCGAUUCAAACGCAGGACUAAUAGCAAGCGGCCACCUGCGCGCUCUUCAACCAGAGUUCAAAAUAUACGGGCAGCGGCGAGCAUUCUGGGGGCCGACAGUGACAGUGAAGGUGUUCGAAGACAACGUAUUGGUGAGGGAGAUUCUGGAGACGAGAGGGGAAGGACGAGUUCUGGUUAUAGACGGUGGGGGAAGCAAGAGAUGCGCGCUGGUGGGAGGGAAUUUAGGACAGUCGGCGCAGAACAUGGGGUGGUCGGGGAUUGUGGUGAAUGGGUGUAUAAGAGAUGUGGAUGAGAUUAAUGGGUGUGAUAUUGGGGUGAGAGCUUUGGGGUCAAACCCUAUAAAGUCUAAUAAGAAAGGGAAUGGUGAGAAGCAUGUUAAUGUUUAUGUUGGAGGAAGCUUGAUUCGUGAUGGAGAAUGGCUUUAUGCUGAUAGUGAUGGUAUUUUGGUUUCUGCAACUGAGCUCUCUGUUUAGUGCUCCUGGAAUUUUGAACAGGCGUUCUCCGGCCGGCCACACUCACUGAUAAAAAUCAUCGUCGUCGUCAUCAUUAUCAUUUUAAUAUUUAUGUAAUUGGCGAAUUCCAAGAAUGAAAGCAGUUCGUGCCAUGCUCGACUGACUAUCUCUCAAGGCUUAUACGUCUCAGAAAAAUUCUUCUUUUCACAAUUUGUAUUUUGGAUAAAAUUGCAGUAACACAUUCGUCUGACUCAAA